AUCCCGGCCUUAUCUAGCACACGGUACGUCAGUGACUUUCGCGGGCUGGAUUUUACCUUAUGAAGCCGUUGUCUGAAUUAUCGGACUGCUCUUUUCAGCGAAAGUAAUAGUGUCGCUGCGCGACAUCAAAAUGUGGCCCCAUCCCAGGUUCAUCCUGCACUCCAGCCCUGCCUUUGGGGUCCAUGCGGCAUCAUGCUGGACGAUCACCGCAGCGGAGGAAUGAUGCGACAUCUGACGGAACACCACGAGGAUGCGAUUCCAUGCGGAAACGCGAGCAGCGCUGGUGGCGGCCAAUCCAAUGCUGCAUGCGCGCUGGUCUGUCAGUGGACCUUGAACGGCGAACCCUGUCCGAGCGCGCAUGUUUAUCAUACGGUCCGUACGCUUGCCCGCCAUAUAUCGUCUCGACAUUUGGGCGUCGGGCGGGCGACAUGCGAGUUCUGCGAGAUCGAAUUUAGUAGGAAAGAUGCUUUAAGGCGGCACCAGACGGCGACCUGUCCUCGCCAUCCAGGCUAUUCUGGCGGGCAGUCCGGCGGCCCCUUGCGCCGAACCAGACGGCGUCACUGCAAGGCGAACGCGACUCGUACCACACAGGAUGCACGGGUCUGAACCCGUUAUGCUCCAAGUUCAAGUACCGCGGCUCGCUCCUUGUUCGACGACACACUGUGUUGCUUCAUCUAACGGUCUUCUCAAGCUUCACCACUCACGACACAUCUGUACACUCGUCCCUCUAUUGUUCAACAAUCUAUGUGCCAUAUCACCCGGGUAUGAUCUAACUUAUUGUCGGUCAUCUGCCUAUCGCUCUGUCCUCUGUACAUUGCAUUGUGUUCGGUGUAUGAGACGUUUUCCGUGUUACCCGUCAUGUCCACUUAGUAGCGCUAACAUAUGACUUACAUUUCCCAUCUUAUGUCCGACUCUACUAUCACUUAUGAAAUGAUGGCUACAAGCAAC